AUGUUGACACCUGCAGGAGGGUCCCCGCUGCGGUUAGCCGUCGGGCCAGGCCUGAGGGACAGGAGAGACCUUGUGAACCUCAAGUCCUUCCUUCAGGAUGAUUACAUCCCACAGCUCUUGCCCAGCCUGCGCAUAAAAUGCAGGGCCUUCCCCAGGGUCCCAUCCCUGACGCGUGGUCUCCCCGGAGCAGAGAGCAGGGUCACGGCUACCAUGGAGCCCAGGGUGGUCUGUGUUCUCGUGCUGGUCUGCGUGCUGACCCUCAGCUCCCUGGCCCAGGGCGAGCUCGAUACGUGUGUGGUGGCCCCGCACCACAGGACGAACUGUGGCGCCCCAGGAAUCACGCCCGACCAGUGCAAAGCCAGAGGCUGCUGCUUCGACAACACUGUUAGCGGCGUCCCCUGGUGCUUCCAACCCGUGGCUGUGGACAACUCUCCUGACGAGGAGUGCUUCUUCUAGACGCGCUUUGGGGCAGCGGCGC